AUGUCAGACGGCGUAAGUCGUCACUCGGUCUUCAUGAAGCUAAAAGCCACUAAUCCAAUUUCAUUCUUCAAGGUGUACACGAUGCCGGGAGGGUUACGGUGUCAGUUCCCGGCUCAGGAGACCCGAGUCACUGUAUCUGAGCGGUCAGUUGAAGCUCUAGCCACGCUUGAGGAUUGGAGGACAAGUCUAAGCCACGUGCACAGAUAUCUUCGCAUGUUGGAGACACAACUGUCGCAGCGGAGGAGCGACCCCGAGAGUGGAAACCAACUCAACAGUAAUGCUGCUGGUGAAUGCUCCGUUGAAACAGAGAGCGAUAUUCAUGAGGCACACUUUGAUCCAGCCCUGAACCAGCAAACAGAAAUAGAUCCACAACAAUCAGGACUGAAUGGACCCGAUCCUGAAAGUGGCUGCGAUGAAGAUAGAAUGCGAUUUCAUCGGAAUCCUCUUGUUGAUAAGGAUCCAUCAUUUGCCCGUACUCCCGACGGCCGAUUCUGGUAUAUGGGGCCGACUUCGUCAUGGUCAUUCUGUCGUCGCGUUAUCCGUCUCAUUGGGAGAUGUAUGCCGGACUCAAAUUGUCCACCAGACCCAUGGCAUCUGGAUGGAAUGGCCUUUAAACUCCAGUGGACACCACUUCCUCCACACGAAACACCCGAUGUCACGAAUCUCCCGCCGCUUGACUAUGCAUUGUUUCUCUUCAAUACGGUCAAAUACCAUUUCGGCUUUCUUUCAUUCAUGAUUGAUGAAGCGGUGUAUUUGAGAAAUUUGCAUGACUUUUAUCAGAAUCCGAGAGCGAAGGCCGCCUCAGCGAGGUACUGGUACGUAGAGUACCUUCUUGUUCUCGCGUUUGGAAAGGCUUUCCUAGGCCACAAGAAUGCCUCUGGGGCUCCCUCUGGACAUCAGUAUGCGUCCAGAGCUAUGGCUCUGCUGCCUGACCUGUCCGGAAUGGACGAGGAUCCUUUGAUGUGCAUCCAAGCUCUUAGUCUUGGGGCUGUAUAUCUGCAAUCCAUCGAUAUGAGACGAGCGGCGUUCCAACACAUUGGCCAAGCACUGCGUGGAUGCGUCAUCGAGGGUAUACACCGGCACGUUCCCGAGGAAUUCGGGGGACUAGAGCUCUCGAAACGCUGCAGCACCAUCUUUUGGGUGGUGUACAUGCUUGAUCGAGAAUUCUCGGCUCUAAUUGGAGCACCAAGCUCGAUUCGGGACGAGGAUAUUACAGUUCGCCUGCCCGCUGAAGUUGGAAGCUCAGUGGAGCACGUAAACCUGACUCUGCACGUGAGACUAUCAAGGCUCAUGGCUCAAAUCCUGACUACUGUCUAUGGUGUGGGAGAAGAGUUUGAUGGAGCCCUCAUCCAGAACACACAAUCUAUUUUGAAUAGCAUGGCCCAGUUGUCUCAGGAUUUAACCUCUUUCCUCAGUACUAAUUUCCACGGGUUGAUCAGCCGUGCUUCGAAAAUGGCAAUUCGACUUGUGCUGGCGCAUCACCAUUGCAUUGUCCUCACGACCAGACCUUUAGUCAUGUGUGCUUUGAACAUGCACAUCAAAAGUAAUGGACGUGACGUAUCACACAGCAUUGACCUCACACCAACCGUAGCAUCGCUGCUUCAGUGCUGUGCCGACUCCGCUCAGACCAUCCUGCAGACGCUUCAGACCCUUGCCGACGAUGACUUGCUUGAUGCAUUCCUACCGUUCCAAAUCGAAGAUGCCUCCUCGUCUGCCUUCGUUCUGUACUUGAUACAAGCCAUUGCACCCUCGAUAGUCCAGCGUGACGCGUGGCGCGACCACCUCAACUGCGUGCUGAAUGCUCUACUCGCCAAAGGCAAUCCAGCUGCGCCACUGAGAAGAAAGGAGUUGAGGCAACUAGAACAAAUUCUCGCACCUAUUACCCCAAAGUCUACUUCGGGACCAAUCGCAGGUGACAACGCGGUCGGGGAUUUUGAAUUUGAAUCUUUCAACAUGGAUGAUGCGUUUGAAUGGGAAUUGCUGGGGUUCAAUUCCUCAGUGAGUCUGCCGCCUCAGGAGUUGUCGGAUCUUGCAGAUCAAUUAGCUGCCGAGGGCAUUGUGCACUCGGCAGGCACAGCGAUGAAUUGA